CCUCCCUCGCAAGCCACUUAGCUUGACAUAGAUUAGUAGCAUACUCCCAACUUACAUAAUGACUUGACUAUUCGAAAAUGUCCUCCACCACAACAACCCCUUCACGAUAAUCGCGACUCUCUCCUUCCGCACUGCAUGCAACAGUGCGUAAUCUCAUAGAAGACCAACCUUAUGCUCCUCUCCCUCCCCCUCCGCCGACCAGCCGCUCCACGCAUGCGACUCGCCCAAAUGGCCGCCACCAUGUCCUCCAGUAGUAGCCCUUCGCCUAAAGGCGCCUCGUCCAUAAACACUAUACCCAAGUCCUGGACGUAUACCUCCAAACUUCCCGCCGAUUCUUUCUUUCCCACGCCGGCCGACUCGCACAAAACCCCCCGUGACCAGAUCGGCCCCCGCCAAGUCCGCGAUGCCGCCUUCACCUGGGUGCGCCCCCAACCGGUUGAGUCGCCCCAACUCCUCGCCAUCAGUCCAGCCGCUAUGCGCGACUUGGGUAUCACAGGCGGCGAUGAGAAGACGCAAGAUUUCGUGGAUACGGUGGCCGGGAACAAAUUACACGGCUGGGAUGAGGCGAAGCAAGAAGGCGGGUAUCCCUGGGCGCAAUGCUAUGGUGGCUUCCAAUUCGGACAGUGGGCCGGGCAGCUGGGCGAUGGAAGAGCGAUCAGUUUGUUCGAGACGACGAAUCCGGAGACAGGGGUGCGGUACGAACUCCAGCUCAAGGGCGCGGGACUGACGCCAUACAGCCGGUUUGCCGACGGCAAGGCGGUGUUGAGGAGUAGUAUACGCGAGUUUGUGGUUAGUGAGGCGCUGCAUGCGCUCGGAAUACCGAGCACGCGGGCCUUAAGCUUGACGCUGCUGCCGGGUGUCAAGGUGAGGCGCGAGACGGUCGAGCCGGGGGCUAUUGUGGCCAGGUUCGCGCACAGCUGGUUGAGGAUUGGGAAUUUUGAUUUACUCCGCGCGAGGGGGGAUAGGGACUUGAUCAGGAAAUCGGCUACUUACGUGGCCGAGGACGUCUUGGGUGGUUGGGAGGCGUUGCCCGGUAGACUGGAUGACCCGGAUCAAGCUGUUAACUCGCCUGCGCCUGGUCGGGGGGUAAAAGUCGACAAAGUGGAAGGCCCGGACGAGAGUGCCGAGAACAGGUUCACGAGGCUGUACCGCGAGAUCGUGCGGCGCAAUGCGCUGACGGUGGCAAAGUGGCAAGCGUACGGCUUCAUGAACGGCGUGCUCAAUACCGACAAUACCUCCUUGUUCGGGCUAUCUAUCGACUUCGGCCCUUUUGCAUUUAUGGACAACUUCGAUCCCGCCUACACACCAAACCAUGACGACUAUAUGCUGCGGUACAGCUACCGCAACCAACCGAGCAUAAUCUGGUGGAACCUCGUCCGACUGGGCGAAUCAUUCGGCGAGCUCAUCGGCGCCGGCGCUCGCGUGGACGACGAGAAGUUCAUCGCAGAGGGCGUCAAAGAAGAAGAAGCGGAUGACGUCAUCAAGCGCGCCGAGAAGGUCAUCACUCAGGUAGGAGAGGAGUACAAGGCCGUGUUCCUGGCCGAAUACAAGCGUCUCAUGCUCGCGCGUCUGGGGCUGGAGACAUACGUAGAUAGCGAUUUUGAUGACAUGUUCAGCAGUUUGCUAGACACCAUGGAGGCCCUCGAGCUGGACUUCAACCUGUUCUUCCGGCGCUUGAGCUCGGUCAAGAUAGCCCACCUCGACACGCAGGAGGCGCGGGAGGUUAAGGCUGCCGUUUUCUUCUACCAAGACGGCGUGACGGGCAGCGGAGGUGAAGAGGAAGGCAGGAAGCGGGUCGGGGAGUGGCUCGGAAAGUGGCGGCAGCGUGUGCUGGAUGAUUGGGGCAACGGCACGAUGGUGUCCGAGGAGCAGGAUCGAGAGAGGCGGGAGGCGAUGAAGAAAGUGAACCCAAAUUUUAUCCCACGGGGUUGGAUAUUAGACGAAAUCAUCAAGCGGGUGGAGAAAGAUGACGAAAGGGAGGUCUUGGACAGAGUCAUGCACAUGGCACUGCAUCCUUUCGAGGAAAGCUGGGCUGGCCGGACCUUUGAUGGGGUUGAGUACAAAGGCGACAAGGAGGAAGAGACUAGGUGGACGAAAGACGUCCCGAGGAUGGCAAGAGCUAUGCAAUGUAGCUGCAGCUCGUAAAUAUCGCUAUGAUAAGUGAU